CACCGUUUUCUCCUUGCCGACUCCUCCGCCAUGGAGUCUGUGGAUCGAGCCACGCGCUUCUUGCUGCCUUACUUGACCCACUGUUCGGUGCGGCGGAUGAUGCCCUGGGCACUGAUGAGCUUCAUGGUGAUCGGAUCCCUUGUUAAAGACUUAAUGCCGCCGGCUGCUACUUACCUGAGUAACAAGCGCAACGUGCUCAAUGUCUAUUUUGUGAAAUUUGCUUGGGCCUGGACAUUCUGCCUGCUGUUUCCGUUCAUCUCUCUCACUAACUACAAUGUCUUCCAGAAUAUUUUGCCUGUACUUGUUCGUCUUUUCUCGCUGCUGGUUGGCACUGUCAUUUGGUAUACAUGCACAAGUACAUUUUUGUUCAUUCAGGACUUCACAGGCAGUUGUUACAAAUCACCAACCCUUGCUGUAGUGACUCAAGAACAUUCCAACCAACUACAGUGCCUAAAAGCUGGUGGGAUAUGGCAAAAUUUUGAUAUCUCAGGACAUUCCUUCCUCCUUUCGUAUUGUGUUCUAAUGAUUCUAGAAGAAAUGGCUGUGAUGCCCAGUGUGAAAACUUUUCAUGGUUCUAGAUUGCACACAGCGGUGACCAGUUUGUUCUUAGCACUGGCUUGUUUGACUUUUAUCUGGCUUUUCAUGCUUCUUACUACUGCUGUAUAUUUCCAUGAUUUUUGGGACAAGAUUUUUGGCACUUUGGUGGGCCUCUCUGCUUGGUAUGGAACAUACAGGUUUUGGUACAAGUCACCCUUAUCUCCUGGAUUUCCUCCCCAAAGAACCCUUUAUUUCCCAAAACCUAAUCGUAGGCUAUAAAAUCAAUUUGUUGAUCUGAUUCUGUUUUAAAGAAUAUUAAUUUUUAAUUAUCUAAAUUUAUUUCCCACAGUCUUAAUUGUAAGCUAUAAGAUCAGUUUGUGGAUCAGAACCUGUUAUAACGAAUAUUCAUUUUUAAGUAUUUAAAUUUUAAGACAACUAUUAAUAUGAAUAUUUAAAGUGAGUGGCAAAAGACCAAAUACUGUUUGUAUUAUGAGUUUGUGAUAUAAUUCUUGAAAGUGGUUGCUAUAUUAAUACUAUCAGAACUUCGUUAAUCUUGGCUAACUAAAUGGAAACUGUUGACCAGAUUGGUACUAGAAUAACCUACUUUUGACUAUGAAGAGGCAAAUUUAAUAGACAAAAAUGCACUUAGAUACAAAACUCAUAUGCAAGGACUUGAUAUUUUUGGUUAGAUAGAUUAGAUAAGAUAAAUUGACCAAAAUCAUACCUUAUUUGAGGAUUUGAUAAUUAACAAAAUGAUAGACAUUUAAACAUUUUGUCUCAAAUUAUCUUGCUUGAAGAUAUAAAACAAAGUUUUCUUUGAUUUAAAUCCAUAUAUUAAAACAAAAAUGGAUAGCCAGAUUAGUUUAUGGUAUUUAUUGCCAUAGGGAGAUUUUGGAUUUAAAACAACUGUCCCCGCUGUUUAUUUCAACACUCAACUUUGUGCAGAUGAAAUAGCUUGCAUCAUGCACCAUUUUUUCUAGAAUUUAUCUGGCUUAGAGUCUUUAGAAUGUCUUAUGUCAUGUUUUUGGCAACAUGGUACUCCUGAAUAUCACAAAAUGCUUUAUAUCUGCAAUCAAAGCUAUCCUGUUAGAGCAGGCUGUUGCUUGCAAGAUUGCAGCUUUCACAUUCUCUGCUCUUCCAGUUCUUAAUUAAAGAUGGCAGUUAGGAAAUAUAUAGCAAUGUUCUAAUUUAUUGUACAUGGGAGUUAUAUAGAAAAAGUAUAUUGGUUUUUACAGCCACCUGUCACAACAGGAAAAAAUAAUCUUAUUUAAAAACUAUUGUUUAGGUUCAUUGGAUACGUUGACUUUUCUUGCAUGGUACAACCUUCCAAUGUUAAUAUAUUUAUAUUUAUUGUGUUUUCUACAGUUUUGCAAUUUGACUAAAGGUAUUACACUACAAGUGCAAUUAUUUUUGAUAUAAUUGGAAAAUAAUCCAGUUGUAAUGAAUGUUGCUGCUUUAUAUAUUAUAUUCAGCUUACUAUAUUUUAUGUGCUUCUACUAUACAUUUAAUAGUCAAAGCUGCAUCGUUUGCAGCUACUAAGAUAAAGUAAGGAUCUUUUUUGACUCAGACAAUGCUUUUUUUUUUUAAAGAAAAUCUCUUAAGACCAUGGCAGACAUAUACUGAUACCACUGGAGGCAUUGGUUCUGAAAAAUUGUUGCUGUCUUUGUGUCUCGAUGUUGUUGUUGUUUUUAAGAUUUGGGGGGAUUUUUAGAUGAUGGAAGUAGGUAUGUUAGAAUCUUAUGGAGGCCUAGCACACUUACCCUAUGUUUGUGUCCCCCCAAAAUAAAUUACAUAAAUAAAUAUUACACAUAAAUAUCUUGGGAGUUUCUGGAGCUGUAAAAAUGUGAUUGCAUGGUGUUUAUGAUUUGUUCAUGUUUGUGCUAACUUUUCAGUUUUCUAAUUGUUUUGAUAAAAGUUGCUAACUCAGCUCCAGAGCUUUCAGGUUUGGAUGUGAUCGAAACACUAAAUGGUUUUAAGUCUUCAUGUUAAUUAACUCACAAAUUGCCUGAGUUCAGGAGCUCGUAUUAACAGGCAUGCCAUUUCAAGUUCCUUUGAUUUGUAUGGUACCUCUCUAUAUACUAUAAGAUAGAUACUUGGAAAGUCAUUCAGUCAAAUUUGUGUGUGUUAGCUACUUAAAGAUGAAAUUCUUAUGCCAUUUCCCCUGAUUUAAAUAAUGCCUUAGUGAACCAUAGCUUCAUAUUAGGAUUGUUACUUGUCCCCCAUAGAGUUACAACAGUUUAUAAUGCCACAUUUAAACUACUAUAUUGUGCAUGACAAUUGGUUUGUAUAACACUAUUUCCAACAUAGGAGAAAAAGUUUUAUCUCAAACUCAGCUUUAUGCCUACUCAUAAAUCAAAAACGAUCAGCUAAGCCACAGUCCAUAUAUAUGUGGGUGUGGGUGACUGUAAUGCGUUGAAAAGAUAUAAGAAUAGUCACAUUGGCAAUGAAACUUGGAGUUUUAUGGAGGUGGAAAUUUGAGCUCAAUGGUAUAAGUGGAAUUAGAAGCAGACUUAAUUUAUAUUACUAUUAUUGAAAUUGUAGUAAGCUCUUUUGGGAAUCUUCUAUAAAAAGAAAUAUGCAUUUAUGUAGGUUAGACCUUCAUGAACUGAGCUAUAUAGGUAUAUGAUGGAGCAGCCUUCAUGGCUGGCAACCCAUCUUCCAGUCAGGUUACAUUCAUGGCUCCUGUAAUUCUUUCACAUAUACAUAUUCUAGUAUACAAAUUGGUUCCAUGUUGUGUCGAACUGUGCUGAAGAAUUAGUGAAUUCUUAAGCAAGCCCUAAAUAUUAUAUGUUUCCAUUGGCUGAAAUUUUUCUCAGCAUUGCUAUACGCAAGACUUACGUAAAGUAUAUUUGCUAUAAUAUUUUUCAUAUUUCUUAAGCACUGGUUUUAUAUUGUUUAAAGAAGGGUUAAGAGAAGUGAAGUAAAAUGUAUAUAUUUUACAGAUAUGUACAUUUUGUUACCUGGGUAUGAUGUAUCAACAUUGUUAUUGUAUAGGCAAGCAUUCUAUAAAAAAUUCUUCUGACUCUGUAAUACAGAUUUCUUUUGUGUAAUAAUCAUUUGAUGACAGUGUUGUUGCCCACGAAUGAACAAAUCAAUUUUUCCUUCAAUCAAUGCAAUAACAUAUUGUCUCUUCAGUGCUUUUGGCUUCUUUUUUUUUUAGCUAAACUACUUAUAUUGCCAGUUGUGUUACAGUAAUGCCCUAAUCUGAAACAUAUUUUACUAUAUAUUAUUAGAUAAAAAGCACUGCUUUUUCUCCCCUACUUCUAAUGUAAUUUGUGCCAUGAUGGUGUAGCAAUUGGUGUACCAAUAAAAUAGAAUUGUUGAUGUAUUUUGAUAACUGUAAUGGACAACAGAUUAAUCUGUGCUUCCUGAAGUGGGCAAACAAAGUAAAGCUCUGAGUAUCUCAUGA